AUGGUCUCUUUCACGUGUGAACAGUGCCAGGAGGUACUGAAGAAAAACGCGGUCGCAAAGCAUUAUCAGGGCAGAUGCAGGGGGGCCAACGCCUUCACUUGCAUCGACUGUUACAAGACGUUUGAUCGGCAAACGAUUGUUGGUCAUACGAGCUGCACCACAGAGGAAGACAAGUGGCACGGCCAGUACGCCAAAUCGCGAAAAAGGCACGGAGGAGCUCCGCAAGCGCCGCACGCCGGCCAACGCGAAUCGGCCCAGAAGAAACAGAAGGUCGCCGCAGAUGGCAACGGUGUUGGGCGCCAGCAAAAAGACAAGGCUGCCCCUCUGGGUGCCAUGGAAGUCAAUGGCAGUGCUGCUCAGUGGCAGGGAAACUGGAAGUCAACUGUUGAACAUAUUUUGACCAAUCAACCUGGGCACUCGAUGGCGUGGAAGCCCCUCGCCGAUAAGGCCGUGGAUUUGUACCUCUCUGCAAACAAGCAGAAAGGCGGGAAAGGCCAUUUAGAGGACGUAGAGGCCCUUAUCAACGAGUGCCUUGCGGCGGUACCAGAGGAUUUCGUCAAUGACAAGGAUGAAUUUGUGCGACUCGUCUCCGCCUAA